UGAAUUCAAAGCCAAACCAACGAAACUUCUCUCUCGUUCUCUCUCUGUCUCUCUGUGGUUGUCCAAUUGACGACUUUAUCAAAUCCAAUUCCUUUGCUGUCUGGUUUUGGUGGAGCAGCAACUCCAACAACAAGGAAAAAAAGCAUGAGUUUUCGAGAUCUCGAGUCUGGUCUGCCUCCGCAGCAUCAAAGACAAUCUCUUUACUCGAAGAAAUCGAAUUCGAAUUCUACUUCUAAUUUUUAUGAGAAGAACAAGGAGGAGGCGGAGCCGUCGCGGUUGGUGGCCGCUGGAAUUUUCCAACUGCAAACCGCCGUCUCCUCCUUUUACCGCCUCGUCAAUUCCCUCGGCACCCCUAAAGACACCCUUCAACUCCGUGAUAACCUGCAUAAGACAAGGACACAUAUUGGGCAGUUGGUGAAAGACGUCUCAGCUAAACUUAAGCAAGCUAGUGAAACCGAUCACCAUGCCCAAGUUAGUGUUGUCAAGAAGAUUGCUGAUGCUAAGCUUGCAAAGAAUUUCCAGGCUGCUCUUAAAGAUUAUCAGAAGGCUCAGAGGCUUGCUGCUGAGAGGGAGACCGCAUAUGCACCUUUUGUUCCUAAACAACUUGUCCCUUCCAGUUAUUCUCCCCAAGAACAAGAGAUGAGUUCGGGUAGGAGUCCCAAGCAGCAAGCACUACUUCUAGAAUCAGAAAGACAAGAAAUUUUACUAUCAGACAAUGAGAUUGCAUUUAAUGAAGCCAUUAUUGAGGAAAGGGAGCAAGGGAUCCAAGAAAUCCAGCAACAGAUCAGUGAGGUUAAUGAGAUUUUCAAAGAUCUAGCUGUCCUAGUUCAAGAUCAAGGAGCUCUAAUUGAUGAUUUUAGCUCCAACGUUGAAAACUCUCAUUCUGCCACUGCACAAGCAGCUUCCCAACUUAUGAAAGCAUCCAAGCUCCAAAAAUCUAAUUCGUCACUGACCUGUUUGCUGCUGGUGAUAUUUGGAGUCAUCCUCAUGAUUGUCAUUAUAGUUGUUGUUGCUUGAGCAAUGCAUUUCUAUGGGCUCGAUAACUGAUCCUACAAGUCCUUGGUGGUGUUUCCUACCAGAGCUCUUGCUGUACAACUUGAACUUGAUUUUGAGCUUCACCAUCUCGUCCUGGUUUGUAUAUACUGAUAGGAUGCUCGUUAUAAUAAUUUCAGUUUGUAGUUGGGGUAUACAACCCUCUUAGAAAAACUACAGCAUACACCAUAUUCAUCCCCCAUAUGUAUCAAAAUUUAUGAUCAAGAUAUUGGAAAAUGAGGAACUGUUGCUUUGUCAUUAUGAUUUUAACUG